UGUUGGCAAAUAAUUCAGAACACUAAGUAAUUCAGAACACUAAUUAACCGUUGAUUUUCUCUUCCCUCUCAGCACCUCUCAUUAACAACAUCAAUUCAGAAACCGUAAAUUCAGAGAAUCAGAAUAUCAUUCUAUCUUCAUCUCACUCUUUUCCCCCACCGUGUGGUUAGUGGUGGAGCGCAAAGCUGAGAGCUCAUACUUGAACUAAACUCAGCCUCAUCUCAGUUUGCCUCUUUCUCUCUAUGCGUGUGAUUGUGGAACCUCAAGCUGUGUGCUUGUUACCAUCAUUUUCCUAUACGUCAACCUUAGGAGAAGAGCAACGAGAAACAAAAUUCCCAUCAUAUACACUGACUUCCCUUUUAUUCAAGCCGUGAGCUUUCCUAAGGUAAUAACCCAACCUCCAAGCUUUCCUUCUCCCUUCCUGCAUCACUCGGCUGAGUUACAACCAGAGGAGUUUGCUGCUCCCUGGUGUUUGGCCUAGACCUCUCAUUUAAGGAGCUGAAACGGACCCCUUGGAAGCUCGAGGAAGAAGGACUGCCUUGAGCGAUUGGUGGCUGUGCUCGUAACCCUUAUUGUGUGGGCUGAAUUUUGGUGCCGAUUGAUUAUUGUUUGGACAUAAGAUUGUGGCAAUGAACAAUGGAAUGGAAGUUAGUGUCGUUGUUGUUCUGAUUGCUCAUCUGGAGUGUAUGCAACAAUUGAUUUUGUUGUUAUAUUUGUGCUAUGUACAAACACCAUAACAAUACCAGGAGAAAUAGAAGGAGGAGAGUAUCAUGGAACUUGUUUACUAGGGCUAGGGUUAGGGAAGUCAACUUCCAUAGAAUAGUCCAUGCAAGUGACAGGGCUUGUAUUGAAAAUACAAGGAUGGACAGAAAGUCUUUCCAUAAACUGGUGUGGUUGGUGAAAACUGUUGGGGGACUACAGCCGACUAGACAUAUGGGUGUUGAAGAGAUGGUCUCAAUUUUUCUACACAUUUUAGCCCACGAUGUGAAGAAUAGGAUAAUUAAAAGACAGUUCAUGCGAUCUGGUGAAACCAUAAGUAGACAGUUCUCCAAAGUUUUGCUAUCUGUCAUACGGUGUCAUACACUUUUAUUUAAACGACCAGAACCAGUUCCGGAGAACUCGACUGAUGAGAAGUGGAAGUGGUUCAAGAAUUGUUUGGGAGCACUAGAUGGGACACACAUCAAGGUCUAUCCAUUGCAAGCCGACAAGCCUAGAUACCAGACUAGGAAGGGUGAGAUAGCAACCAAUGUGUUGGGGGUUUGUUCCCAAGAUGGUCAGUUUAUUUAUGUUUUGCCUGGAUGGGAGGGUUCAGCCGCAGACUCAAGGGUACUCCGAGAUGCCAUCUCUCGUCCGAACGGUUUAAGGGUCCCUAAAGGAUACUAUUACUUGUGCGAUGCUGGUUACAUGAAUGGUGAAGGUUUCCUCACUCCGUAUAGGGGUCAGAGAUAUCAUCUUAGUGAAUGGAGACAUGGGGCACAUCCAAGAACCCCACAGGAAUUCUUUAAUAUGAAGCACUCAUCUGCAAGAAAUGUCAUUGAAAGAUGCUUUGGAAUGCUGAAGGGUCGUUGGGCUAUUGUGCGAUCAAAGUCUUUCUAUCCGGUUAAAACUCAAUGCCGAAUAAUUAUCGCAUGUUGCUUGCUUCAUAAUCAUAUACGAAGAGAAAUGGCUGUGGAUCCUUUAGAUGAUGAAGAAGUGGAUCAAAUGCAGCAACCGAUGUUGAUGUUGGAGGAACUGACUUCAUCACUCACGUAGAGUCUUCUAAUGCAUGGACUGUCUCGAGGGAUCAAAUGGUGAAUCACAUGUUCAAUACAUGGAGGAAUCGCGUUUGAUUUUAGCUUUUAGUUAUGAAACUUGCAAAUAUUAGUUGUAUUUAUACUAAGUGUAAUCUUGUGGGCUGCUUUAAAACUGAAACAGCA